AGAGAGAGAGAUAUGUCAAGUGAAGGGAAUUUUGUGCAACCUGCAAUUCCCUGAUUCGAUGGUCAUUAUGACCAUUGGAGUAUGCUAAUGGAGAAUUUUCUGAGGUCCAAGGAGUAUUGGAGCUUGGUGGAGGUUGGAUAUGCAGAGCCAGUGGAUGGAGUAGCUGUGACAGAAGAGCAGCGAAAGAAGCUCGACGAGUUGAAGUUGAAGGAUCUGAAAGUAAAGAAUUAUUUGUUCCAAGCCAUUGACCGAACCAUUUUGGAGACUAUUCUUCAGAAGAACACCUCAAAGCAGAUUUGGGACUCUAUGAAGAAAAAAUAUGAGGGGAAUGCACGAGUGAAGCGGUCAGUUCUUCAAGCUCUUCGAAAGGAGUUCGAAACCUUGGAGAUGAAAUCUGGUGAAAAAGUUUCUGAUUAUUUUUCAAGGGUAAUGUCAGUGGCUAACAAAAUGAGGGCGCAUGGUGAGCAAAUGGUGGAUGUUACCAUUGUAGAGAAAAUACUUCGUUCCUUAACAGACAAGUUUAAUUACAUUGUUUGUUCUAUUGAGGAGUCGAAGGAUAUUGACAGUCUAUCCAUCGAUGAGUUACAGAGCUCUCUAAUUGUUCACGAGCAGAAGUUUCACAAGCGUGAUGAGGAAGAACAAGCUUUAAAAGUAACUCAUGAGGACAGAUCAGGAUGGAGAGGAAGAGGUCGAGGAUCGUUUAGAGGAAGAGGCAGAGGUAGAGGGUGUCAGAUCUUUGACAAAUCUACUAUUGAAUGUUACAAGUGCCACAAGCUCGGACACCUUCAAUAUGAGUGUCCUAGCUGGGAAGCCAAUUAUGCAGAGCUCGAUGAGAAGGAAUAAAUGGUGUUAAUGUCAUACGUGGAGCUGAAUGAAGCAAGGAGAGAAGACGUGUGGUUUCUGGAUUCAGGAUGCUCCAACCACAUGUGUGGAGACAAAACCUUGUUUAAUGAUCUCAACGAAGGGUUCAGGCAGAUGGUGAA